GGCGGAGCUGCAGCGCUCGGGAGGCGGGGCCGGCGCGGUCCUCCAGGGCCCCUCUGGCCGCCCCGCUCUCGCUGCUUCCCCGGCUCCGGGGCCGUUCUGUCCCGCUCCUCCGGCGUCUCGCUGGUCGUCGUCGGGUCGGUUUGGCUCCGGGAGGAGGCGGCCUGAUGCUCGCGGGGCCCCUCCUCUGAGUGCCCACCGCCCUCAGGGCCCGGCCAUGGCCUCCGCCCGGGGCCAUGGCCCCCCGGCGCUGCUGGUGCUGGUGGCGGCCCUGCUGGGGCCCCGGGCCCCCCAGGCGCAGGCCGGUGACUGCAAGGGCCAGAGGCAGGUGCUGCGGGAGGCCCCGGGCUACGUGUCCGACGGGGCGGGAAAUUACAGCGUCAAUGGCAACUGCGAGUGGCUCAUCGAGGCCCCCAGCCCCCAACACCGCAUCCUCCUGGACUUCCUGUUCCUGGACACCGAGUGCACCUACGACUACCUCUUUGUGUACGACGGGGACUCGCCCCGGGGCCCCCUGCUAGCCAGCCUCAGCGGCAGCACCCGGCCCCCGCGCAUCGAGGCCGCCUCAGGCAAGAUGCUGCUCCAUCUCUUCUCCGAUGCCAACUACAACCUGCUGGGCUUCAAUGCCUCGUUCUCCUUCUCUCUGUGCCCCGGUGGCUGUUCGGGCCGGGGCCUGUGCGAGCCCUCGGGCCAGUGCGCCUGCGAGCCGGGCUGGGGAGGCCCUGGCUGCACCCGCCAGGACUGCUCCUCGUACUGCCGCGAGCACGGCACCUGUGCCUCGGAGGCGGGCCCCUGCCGCUGUGAGCCCGGCUUCCUGGGCCGCGCCUGCGACCUGCGGCUGUGGGAGAACCAGGGGGCAGGCUGGUGGCACAACGUGAGCGCCGAGGAUGCCGCCUUCCCGGCCCGCAUCGGGGCGGCCGGCGCCUUCCUCUCGCCUCCGGGGCUGCUCGCGGUCUUUGGAGGUCAGGACCUGAACUCGGCCCUGGGCGACCUCGUUCUGUACAACUUCUCCGCCAACGCCUGGGAGCGGUGGGACCUCAGCCCCGGCCCGGCUGCCCGUCAUUCCCACGUGGCCGUGGCCUGGGCUGGCUCCCUAGUGCUCAUGGGGGGAGAGCUGGCCGACGGCUCUCUGACCAGUGACGUGUGGGCCUUCAGCCCCCGGGCUGGGGGCCACUGGGAGCUGCUGGCCCCCCCUUCCUCAGGGCCCCCAGGGCCCCCAGGCCUGGCUGGACAUGCUGCCGCCCUGGUGGACGACUCCUGGCUCUACGUCUUUGGGGGCCGUACCCAGCACGACCUCUUCUCUUCGGGCCUCUUCCGCUUCCGCCUAGAGGGCCCUGGGGGGGGCCGGGGCCACUGGGAAGAAGUGUGGCCGGCAGGCGGCCGGCCCCCCGCCGCCACAGGCCAUUCCAUGAUCUUCCACCCGCCAUCCCGGGCCCUGCUCGUCUAUGGGGGCCACAGGCCUUCCACGGCCAGGUUCUCCGUACGAGUGAACUCCACCGAGCUCUUCCACGUGGACCUGCGGGUGUGGACCUCCCUGCGCGGCCGGGACGGUCAGCGGGGGCCCCGGGAGCGGGCCUUCCACACAGCCAGUGUCCUUGGCAACUACAUGGUGGUCUAUGGUGGCAACGUGCACACUCACUACCAGGAGGAGAAGUGCUACGAGGACGGCAUCUUCUUCUACCAUCUUGGCUGCCACCAGUGGGUGUCUGGAGCUGAGCUGGCCCCUCCUGGGACCCCCGAAGGCCGGGCGGCACCCCCAGGGGGCCGGUACUCCCACGUGGCGGCUGUGCUGGGGGGCAGCGUCCUGCUGGUGGCCGGUGGGUACAGCGGGCGGCCCCGAGGGGAUCUCAUGGCCUACAAGGUGCCCCCCUUCGUGUUCCAGGCGCCAGCCCCUGAUUACCACCUGGACUACUGCUCCAUGUAUACGGAACACAGCGUCUGUGCCAGGGACCCGGAGUGCAGCUGGUGCCAAGGAGCCUGCCAGGCCGCCCCGCCCCCGGGGAGCCCCCCUGGAGCCUGCCCAGCAGCUGGCUGCCUGGGUCUGGCCCGCCUUCUGGGUGACUGCCAGGCCUGCCUGGCCUUCAGCGCCGCCGUCCCUCCGCCUCGUGGGCCUGGCGCCCUGGGCUGGUGCGUCCACAACGAGAGCUGCCUCCCCCGGCCUGAGCAGGCCCGAUGCCGAGGGGAGCAGAUUUCGGGCACCGUGGGCUGGUGGGGGGCAGCCCCCGUCUUUGUCACGACUCUCGACGCCUGUGUUACCCAGAGUUUCCUGCCCGGCCUGCACCUGCUCACCUUCCAGCAGCCCCCCAACGCCUCCCAGCCCGACAAGGUCAGGGGCCCCAGUGGGGGUGGGGGGCUGGCUCUGUGCAAUGGGGGCCCGGGGGCCGGGAGCUGCCCGGCUCCCCAGGAAUGUGUCCCAGAGGAAGCCGGAGGGGCCGGGGUCGGCCGCUGCCGCUGCCCCCCAGGCUGGGCCGGCCCCGCCUGCACCCUCGCCCUGUGCCCCGGGAACUGCUCGGCCCACAUCGCAGGGGGCAUCUGCAACCAGAGCCUGGGAUUGUGCGUGUGCUUUGAAGGCUUCGGGGGAGCGGACUGCGCCACGCAUCUGGAUGGGGGGCGGCUGGUCUGGGAGACGCUCCUGGAUAGCCGGCUCUCUGCUGAUACGGCGAGUCGCUUCCUGCACCGUCUGGGCCACACCAUGGUGGAGGGGCCUGACUCUACCCUGUGGAUGUUCGGGGGUCUGGGCCUGCCCCAGGGGCUGUUGGGAAACCUGUACAGGUACUCGGUGGGGGAACGGCGCUGGACCCAGAUGCUGGCUGGUUUCGGGAGGGAUGGGGGGCCCGGGCCUGCUCCCCCUUUCCCACGGCCCGGGCCCCCGGCCCCGCUGGCCGGGGCCAUGCCCGCGGGGCUCACGGCAGCGGGGGUUGCCCGGGACUUCUGGGUCCUCAACCUCACCACCUUGCAGUGGCGCCAGGAGGAAUUGGAAGGCCACCCCCCCUUGGUCCCUGAUGUGCCCCCUUUUCCCGACCCUUUCUUGUCCCCCCCAGAAGGGGCCUUUCUCUGCUGCCUGGGGGGGAUUUGGCCCGAGAAUGGUUUCAACCAGCAGCUCCUGGAGGUUCAGCCCAGCGGGCCGGGCUGGCCAGCCCCGGGGACGCCCACUGGCCUUUACGGUCCACCGGGGUUCAUCACGAGGGCCACAGACUCACUGUAUGUUUCGGCCUUCCAUUCCGCCGAACUGGCUGCCCCAUCCCCGGAGCUUUACUCCCUGCACUGCCCUGACCGCACCUGGAGCCUGCUGGCCCCUUCCCAGGGGGCAAAGCCCAGGCCCCGACUCUUCCAUGCGGCCGCCCUGCUUGGGGACACCAUGGUGGUCCUGGGGGGUCGCUCAGAGCCAGACGAGUUCAGCAGUGACGUCCUGUUGUACCAGGUCAACUGCAACGCGUGGCUGCUGCCCAACCUGACCCGUCCGGCCUCCGUGGGCCCCCCGAUGGAGGAGUCAGUGGCCCACGCUGUGGCGGCCGUGGGGGGCCGAGUCUACAUCUCUGGGGGUUUUGGGGGGGUGGCCCUUGGGCGGCUGCUGUCCCUGAGCUUGCCCUCGGACCCCUGCCACCUGGUGCACUCCCCCGAGGCCUGCAAUGGCUCAGGUGCCUGCAGCUGGUGCCACGGAGCGUGCCUGUCAGGAGACCAGGCUCACAGGCUGGGCUGUAGCAGCCCCUCGUGCUCCCCCAUGCCCCGUACGUCUGAGGAGUGUCGUCGCCUGCGCACCUGCAGCGAGUGCCUCGCCCGCCACCCCCGCACCCUGAGGCUGGGGGAAGGGGAGGAGGCCGCCCCGCCACGCUGUAAGUGGUGCACCAACUGUCCCGAGGGCGCCUGCAUCGGCCGCAACGGCUCCUGCACCUCGGAGAACGACUGCCGCAUCAACCAGCGCGAGGUGUUCUGGGCCGGCAACUGCUCUGAGGCCGCGUGCGGGGCGGCCGACUGCGAGCAAUGCACGCAGGAGGGCAAGUGCAUGUGGACGCGGCAGUUCAAGCGCACUGGGGAGACCCGCCGCAUCCUCUCGGUGCAGCCCACCUACGACUGGACCUGCUUCAGCCACUCCCUGCUCAACGUGUCGCCCAUGCCUGUGGAGUCCUCGCCCCCCAUGCCCUGCCCAACGCCCUGCCACCGGCUCCCCAACUGCUCCUCCUGCCUCGACUCCAAGGGAGCGGACGGGGGCUGGCAGCACUGUGUCUGGAGCAGCAGCCUCCAGCAGUGUCUGAGCCCGUCUUUUCUACCUCUGCGCUGCCUGGCAGGGGGCUGUGGGCGUCUGCUGCGAGGGGCAGAGAGCUGCUCCCUGGGCUGCGGCAAUGCCCCUCAAUGCGCCCUCUGCCUUCGACGCCCGCACUGCGGCUGGUGUGCCAGGGGAGACCCCGGCCAAGACGGGGCAGGCCUGUGUAUGGAGGGGGGCCUCAGCGGGCCCCGGAAUGGCCUGACGUGUGGGCACGGAGAUCCCGGGGCUACCUGGGCCUUCCUGUCUUGUCCUCCCGAGAACGAGUGUGUCAAUGGGCACCACGACUGUAACGAGACCCAGAACUGUCACGACCGGCCUCAUGGCUAUGAGUGCACCUGCAAGACCGGAUACACCAUGGACCACGUGCGGGGCCAGUGCCGCCCAGUCUGCGCCCAGGGCUGCGUGAACGGCUCCUGCGUGGAGCCCGACCACUGCCUCUGCCACUUCGGGUUCGUCGGCCGUAACUGUUCGACUGAGUGUCGUUGCAACAGGCACAGCAACUGCGACGGUGUGGGGGCCCGGGACCGCUGCCUCGAGUGUCACAACAACACUGCGGGUCCCCACUGCGAACGUUGUCGGCCACUAUUCGUGGGCUCCGCCUUGGGAGGUGGGACCUGCCGCCCCUGCCGAGCUUUCUGCAGAGGGAACAGUGACAUCUGCGUCUCAGAAAAGGAGCUGGAAAUGGCCCGGGAUGACCCGGAGACCUAUUCCCUGGAUCCUGAGGAGAUUGAGAAAUGGGUGUCCGAGGGGCCGAGCGAGGACGAGGCCGUGUGCGUGAACUGUCAGAACAACAGCUACGGGGACAAGUGCCAGCGCUGCCUGGAAGGGUAUUUUCUCCUGGAUGGCCGGUGCACCAAGUGCCAGUGUAACGGCCACGCGGAUACCUGUAAUGAGGAUGGCACGGGCUGCCCCUGCCAGAAUAACACGGAGACAGGCACCUGCCAAGGGAGCUCCCCCAACGACCGCCGGGACUGCUACAAGUACCAGUGCGCCAAGUGCCGCGAGUCAUUCCAUGGGAGCCCCCUCGGGGGCCAGCAGUGUUACCGACUGAUCUCGGUGGAGCAGGAGUGCUGCCUGGACCCCACCUCACAGACCAACUGUUUCCACGAGCCCAAGCGCCGGGCCCUGGGCCCCGGGCGGACCGUGCUUUUCGGGGUCCAGCCGAAAUUCACCAAUGUGGACAUCCGCCUGACGCUGGACGUGACCUUUGGCGCCGUCGACCUCUAUGUCUCCACGUCCUACGACACCUUUGUGGUGCGUGUGGAUCCGGACACCGGGGUCCACUCUGUACACAUCCAGCCCCCUCCGCCGGCCCCUCCGCCCGUGGCCGCGGAGGCCGGGCUGCGGGCAGGAGAAGCAGGCGCUGGGGGGCCGGGGCCGCCCCCCGAGCCCCGGGUGCGGGAGGUGCGUCCCCGGGGGCUCAUCACCUAUGUGACGGUGAUGGAGCCUGCGGCGGUGCUGGUGGUGCGCGGGGUGCGGGACCGGCUGGUCAUCACCUACCCCCACGAGCAGCACGCCCUCAAGUCGAGCCGCUUCUACUUGCUCCUACUGGGCGUCGGGGACCCCUCGGCGCCCGGCGCCAACGGCUCCGCGGACUCCCAGGGCCUGCUCUUCUUCCGCCAAGACCAGGCGCACAUCGACCUCUUCGUCUUCUUCUCUGUCUUCUUCUCCUGCUUCUUCCUCUUCCUGUCCCUCUGCGUUCUGCUCUGGAAGGCCAAGCAGGCCCUGGAUCAGCGGCGGGAGCAGCGGCGGCACCUGCAGGAGAUGACCAAGAUGGCCAGCCGUCCUUUCGCCAAGGUCACGGUCUGCUUCCCGCCCGAGCCGGCCGUCACCGUCCCCUGGAAGACGAGCGGCAUGGGCCUCCCCGCCCCCGCCUUCCGCCGUUCGGAGCCUUUCCUGGCCCCGCUGCUGCUGACCGGGGGCGGGGGGCCGUGGGGCGCCGGCAGUGGGGGCUGCUGCCCUGUGGCGCUGCGGGCCGGGCCCAUCACCCUGGAGCCCACCGAGGACGGCAUGGCCGGCGUGGCCACGCUCCUGCUGCAGCUGCCCGGUGGCAUCUACACCCCUAACCGGGCUUGCCUGGGCUCGGCCCUGGUCACCCUGCGGCACCGGCUGCAGGAGUACUGUGGAGGGGGCGCCGGCCCCGGGGCCAGCGGGCACGGCGCAGGGGGUGGCAGGAAGGGACUGCUGACUCACGACAACCUCACCAGCAUGUCGCUCUGAGGGCCUGGGGGUGGAGAGGGCCGCCCAUUCCUGGUCCCUGCCCCUCCGCCCCCCACACUCCCAAGCCACCCCUCGCCUCAGAGUCCCCCAUGGGGCCAGGCUCUCAGACUCUGCCUUUUCCGGACCCCCAGCGGGCUCAUCUGGUUGGGAGAUGCCCUCCCCGUGGCCCCUCUUUUGGGCCUUGGACCGUGCCCGUAUUUGGCCUCUCCGUGGAAUUGUUCCCCCUGGGCUCUGGGCCAGGUUUCUUCUCUCAAGGCAGCCCCCCUCCUGUCCCCUCCCCUCAAGCCCCUCCCCUCUGGGCCUGGAGCCCCUCGUCCACAGAUAGUGUGGACUCCAGAGCCGUGGUCUCCCCAGAGACCCCCCGGGCGACCGCUUCCUGACACUGGACUGCCUCGACUUUCUUAGGAGUCCCUUGGCUUCCUGGAUGUCGCAGUAUUUCAGGUGUGGACACGUAGUCCAGCUUGUACCCGAAGCCCCCGUGCCCCGCGGUGCGGGGAACCUCACUACCUCCUGAGGCAGGCCGUUCCAGGUGGAGGCUGCCCUCGCCGCUGGCAGGAUUUUCCUGAAGUCAGGCCUCAGUUCACCCCUUUGUGUCUCCACCCGUUGCUCCCAGCCUGCUCUGGUUCAGAGGGACCAGUCUUGUCCUCCUCUUGCAUGGCAGCCCUUCAGCUACAUCAGCACUCGUGUGUGUCCCCUGCACUGUGGUCAUCUCCAAGGCAGCCCCACGCCACCCGCUCGGCCCCCGAGUCCCACAUCCCGGGCGGUCUCCCGGAGCUCUUCCCUUUAGGGCUGGAAAAGCCGGGGGGCCCCUGGUCACAGUGCCGACUCCCACUGGGCUUGGCGGCCCAAUGCCCUCCACUCACUUGCGGUGUCUCUGAAACCCAAGGUCAGCCACCUGAAGCCUUUGGGGCUGCCUCCGUCAGCAGUGAAAGAUCCCUCCCUCUUGCUCUCGGGGUUCCAUGAGGGUCGACCAUGCUUUUACCCAAGUCAUCACUGAGAAUUCAGCCCGGGACUGCAGCUCUCCGGGGUCAGAAGCCCACAUCUCUGGGGGGAAGCAGCUUCUUCGGCCGCCACUCCUGGCUGGAUUCCCAGCCAGCCAACCCGCUUCUUCCCCAGGGGGACCUUCUGAUCUGGGGAUGGGUCAGCGACAGGAAUCCCCUGUCCCCAGUGGUUUUGGCUCAGAGGCCAGAUGGCUGAUUAUUGGCAAUGUGAGAGGGAAUUGCUUGAUAGCCUUGGAAGCCCCUUCCAUGAUCAAUAACCCUUUCAGCCUGCCCCCACCCCCUCAGCGGCCCAAGUAGCAGCCAAGGUGGCGCUUGUAAAGCACUUAGCUCAGUGCCUGGCACGUAGUAGGUGCUGCAGAAAUGCUGCCGCCGUCUCUUUCCAACCAAUGACAUCGAUGAAAUCCAGACCCUCUCCCGAUCGGUAGCGAAGCAUCUCGGUCCCUGGUUCUUUAACUCGGGACUCUACUUUUCUCCCCCAAGUCCCCCUGGGGUUUUCCUUCCUAUUCAUCCCCCCUCCUGUUUCAGAACCCCUCAGCCUUCCCCUCCAGGGCUUUGGAGGCCGUUUCCUCUAGCUUGCUGCCUGCUCCUGUUCCUCCCGAGUCAGAGGACCUGGGCGGCCUCUUGUGGGUAGGGAGGUGGUCGCUGCCUGUUGUGUAUGGGAGGAGGAAACCUAAAAUUGCCAAAUAAAACAUUGCCAGGGGA